AUAUUCAUGAGCGCCCUCGCUGCCACUCCUCCGCAGUGGUCUUCCUGUGAUUGUGUUGACAGACACAUCUUGCCGGUCGUCACACAUUACAGAUUUUCACUUUUUCGCGUAAAUUAUUAUUGAAACAUGUCGUCUUUGUAUAAGCCGUUUUCUGUUUCGGAAGGACCGUGCCAAGAUGCGAUACUGAGACGAGGAUGCACGCCGCUACAGCAUCCUGCAGCGCUGCCCCGGAUUGCCUCCGCCGGCGGGGGCUCGACGCGCACCUUUACCCCAAUUCCUAACAUUUAUCCAGGCCAGAGGAAUCUAGCGGCCGCAGCAAUCGGAGGGAGAAAAAUCACCCACCCGUGGAAGGCUAUUCUCGCAGGUGGCAUUGCAGGAGGCAUUGAGAUCUGCAUCACAUUUCCAACAGAGUAUGUGAAGACCCAGCUACAGUUAGAUGAACGAGCAAAUCCUCCACGCUACCGAGGCAUAGGGGACUGUGUUAAGCUGACGGUGCAGGAUCAUGGGUUGAGAGGUCUAUACAGAGGACUUAGUUCACUGCUUUAUGGAUCCAUCCCGAAAUCUGCAGUUCGGUUUGGGACAUUUGAGGUUCUUAGUAACCCAAUGAGGGAUGCCACGGGUCGGCUUGACAAUAAAGGAAGUUUGCUGUGUGGACUUGGAGCGGGAAUUGCAGAGGCGGUGUUGGUGGUCUGUCCAAUGGAGACAGUCAAGGUGAAGUUCAUUCAUGACCAGUGCUCUCUGAGGCCACGCUAUCGAGGAUUCUUCCAUGGUGUACGGGAAAUAAUUCGAGAUCAGGGUGUCCGAGGGACGUAUCAAGGGCUGACUGCCACUCUUCUGAAGCAGGGUAGCAACCAGGCUAUACGAUUUUAUGUUAUGAACUUGUUGCGCAAUUGGUACAAAGGUGAUGACCCCAGUCGUGACAUGCAUCCACUGGUUACAGCAUUGUUUGGCGCAACAGCCGGGGCGGCGAGUGUUUUUGGGAACACGCCACUUGAUGUGGUGAAGACUCGAAUGCAGGGUUUGGAGGCUCAUCGCUACAAGAACACGUUAGAUUGUGCAUUCCAGAUUUUGAAGAAUGAAGGCCCUCAAGCGUUCUACAAAGGCACGGUCCCACGACUGGGCAGAGUGUGUCUAGACGUGGCCAUUGUCUUUGUUCUCUAUGAGGAGGUUGUAAAGCUACUGAACAAUGUCUGGAGAACAGACUGAAGACGCACCAGGUUGCAGAACUGAUCGAGACAGACUGAACUAUCCCAAACACAGUUGGCCACGUCAGUCAAGACUAAAGAUCCAGACUUGAACUGUGACCUCUGGCCUAGAGGAUUUAAACCAUCAAUCUGUGUCUGCAUAGUUGAAUCCGGGAGCUUGAUCCAUGAGAAAAAACCUGUAGCUUACGGUAUAUUUAUUGACGCACAAAAAUAUUCAUACAUGAGCAAGCCUUUCAUCAUUUUGCAGUAAAAUCGUGUGAAUCAUGUGAACAAGUGUCUUCUCACCACCAUGCUUUUAUAGAAGUAGUCGUGAGACAGUCUACUUAUGUGGCAUGAAAUGUAAUAGCACAACCAUGUACGCAGAAAUAUAAACGUAAUGCACAUGAUCUUUUGUCCUAGUUAACAUGUACAGCUCUGAAAAUGUGCUUUAAGUCUCAAAAAUGGUAGAGGCUCAGACAUUCGUGAUACUCAAUAUAAAACUUGCAUGUUGAGAGCAAUCAUGAAGACCAGGGCAUUCAAGCUUGAUGUUUUUAUUUAAUUUUUUUAUACACUGUAAAUGGCAGCUUUUUUUUUUAGUUAUGCAAUUUGUUUAUAAGCUUCCUUGUUCCUAACACAAGCAUUUCCCACAAAGGUUGCUUAUUCUGUACUAGUCAUGCUACUUUUGUUGUAGUGUCCGAUAUAUAUGCAGUGCUGCUUCACAACCGAUUCAACACAGAUUCAAUAAACUAAAAAGGGUCAGUU